CUUUUACUUCCACAAAGCGCCUCCCGUUAUCUCCGGUGGUGCUGCGCAGUAGCCAGAAGGACCAGUGCUGCUGGUAUUCCCACUCCGCAGAAAAAGUUUUCCGUUUGUUGUGAGGAUAAAAAAAGAAGAAGCCGGAAACCGAGGAGUCGUCUGCAUAAGAAGCGGAUUCUGCCACUGCGAGUUUGGUGACCACAUGAAGAUGAGGAACCAGCAUUGAUGGCCUGCGGAUGUCCACCCUUCCUGGACCAUUUGGCUUGGGCACCACAUCCAACAAACUCUCAAAGAGGGAGGAAUUUAUUGCCUAUUACCAAGGAGGAAAAAAAAUAAUCUUGGCAAUUUAUUUUAUUUACCAUCACAAGUGAAGUCAUCCAAACUGUAUAGUCUGUGAAGGACUGAACGUACCCAACGGCACUUACCUGGCACGGAAUGAUCUGGACUUAACUGAAAUUGGCCAGAGACAGAUUAUCUCACUUUAGUUCCACUGAAGAGAAAUGAACUGAAUUCAAGUUAACCUGAACUAAUGUUGGCUGAUACUCUUUAAUUUCUUCAAGAAUACUCUCUUACAGAAAGCUCUCUUCUGAGCCCUCUACUACGGGAAACCUCAGACCCUUUCCAAGGGUCUUGGACAUUGUCUCAAAUUGUAUUGAGGAGGAUUCAUCUCCUCCUCCUCCUAAAAUCCUUACAGCCUCUUUCUUCUGUUGAGACAUGGACCUCCACAGGGCGGCAUUCAAGAUGGAGAGCUCCUCCUACCUGCCCAAUCCCUUGGCCUCCCCAGCCCUUAUGGUCCUGGCUUCCACUGCUGAAGCCUCUCGUGAUGCCUCAAUUCCCUGCCAGCAGCCGCGUCCAUUUGGUGUCCCAGUUUCUGUUGAGAAGGACGUCCAUUUGCCAUUUAACAAUGGUUCUUACACUUUUGCAUCAAUGUACCACCGCCAAGGUGCAGUUCCUCCAGGAUUUCCCAACAGAGAUUUUCCUCCAUCCCUCCUCCACCUCCAUCAUCAGUUUGCCCCACCUAACCUGGACUGCUCGCCAAUCAGCAUGCUGAAUCACAGUGGCGUCGGUGCCUUCAGGCCUUUCGCCUCACCUCCAGAAGAUCGGGACGGAGCGCCAGGCGGGUAUCAGUCUGCUUUCACCCCAGCCAAGCGGCUGAAAGGCUGCCUGGAUGCAGAGGCUUCACCCCACCUGCGGUACUCUGAUGCAGAGGGGAAAGAGUACGACUUUGGCGGUGCCCAGAUCCCACCUGGAGGCUCACCCAGCAGCGCCUUGAAAGCGGUGGAGGACAGUGGGAAGAAGAUCUUCGCUGUGUCAGGCCUCCUCUCUGAUCGAGAGACUUCCUCCAGCCCUGAGGACCGCAUUGAGCGCUGUAAAAAGAAGAUGUCUCUGUAUGACAGCCAGGCUCCAAUCUGUCCCAUCUGCCAGGUUCUGCUCAGGCCCGGAGAGCUACAGGAACACAUGGAGACAGAGAUUGAGAGGCUAGCUACUAUAUGCCUCAGCAGUAAGAACCCGUCACCCAAGGAUGGAGCAGCCACUCCAGGAACCCCCAAGUCAAUGCUGUUGUCGGUGCACAUCAAGCGUGAGGGAGAGUCUCCUGUGGUCUCGCCCCUGUCCUCUGAAGACAUCCACCACUCUGACAGAUACCAGACAUUUUUACGAGUUCGAGCAAACAGGCAAACAAGAUUGAAUGCCCGUAUAGGGAAGAUGAAGAGGAGGAAGCCUGAGGAGGGGGGCCAGGUAUGUCCGCUGUGCAGCGCCCCAUUGGCUGGGAGUGAGGAGGAGAUGAGUAGACAUGUGGAACAAUGCCUGAUCCAGCGUGAGGGUACGUUAGGUGACGAUGACUCUGCAGACAUGGAUGGAGAGAAUGGGCGGGGCUUUGAGGAGUACGAAUGGGCGGGGCAGAAGAGGAUCAGAGCUACAGCUUUGCUGGAGGGCGGCUUCAGAGGAACAGGUUUUGCCACGUGUAGCAUCAAGGAAAGUGCAGCAGACAGCGAUGCUGACCUUGACGUGGAUGGAGACGACACCUUGGAGUAUGGGAAAGCCCAGUACACUGAGGCUGAUAUCAUCCCCUGCUCUGGGGCUGGAGAGGAUCAGGGCGAGGCCAGGGAGAGGGAGGCGCUACGGGGAGCCGUGCUCAACGGUGGGAUGCCCUCUAACAGAAUAACACCUGAAUUCUCCAAAUGGGCCAGCGACGAGAUGCCUUCAACGAGCAACGGAGAAAGCAGCAAGACGGACCCAAGCACUCCUUCAUCCUCUUCCUCUUCUUCCUGCGCCCCACGCACUUGUAAAAACAGUGAGAUUGAAAAGGUAACAGAGGAGGAGUCCACAGCUACCACCAUGGAGGCCCUGAAGGCUCGAAUCAGAGAGCUGGAGAGGCAGAUACUGAGAGGAGACCGAUACAAGUGUCUCAUCUGCAUGAGGAAGCCUGCUACCCAUUCAGGCGCAGAGAUCAAGAGCCUAGGGGCGUGGCCAGGGCCCCGGCCACUGGCCAAUGAGGUCGGAGAGAGGCAGCCUAAGUCCCUCCCCCUCGGCCUGUACUGCCUAUACAGGGGCCUUGUGAUUGGUGGCUACAGCAGCAGCAUAAAGAGGCUCCUCCCACAGCCUCUACGGAGGGACUCCUACACAAUGCCGCUCACCUCCAUCCAGUGCUGGCACGUCCAUUGCGAAGAAUGCUGGCUCAGGACUCUGGGGAACAAGAAGCUGUGCCCGCAGUGCAACACCAUCACCUCACCUGGAGACCUGAGGCGUGUCUACUUGUAAAGAGCACACACAGCCCCUACCCACGCCUCACCUCUUCGUCCUGCCAAACCAUUCCUCCUCUUGUCUUGGAUUUCAUCACCCCCCCCGUCGAUCAUCAUUUGUUUUCCCCCUUUUGCGGUUGGCAGCUCCAGACUCUUGGUGAGCGUGCAGAGACGAGACAGCAGUCCCCGAGACUCCACUGAUUCUUCAAGGAGGUUAAAACUGGAUGAACCUGAAUGACUGAGCAGCACUCACUGACUUUCUGGCUGGCCACAAAAAAUAAAUAAAUAAAAAUUAAAAAUCACAGAGACUUGCAAUCCCACUGGUCGACAGGCUUGUUUUCCUCUGCCUCACUGACAUGACUUCCUGUACAUGUAACACUGAAGGACUUUUUGUCAGGGGAGACCUCCAACACCCAGCUAAGCCCUGCUGAGACCUGUUCGCUUCAUGCAGCUGGAGCUGAAAGGAACUUUUUAACACAGAAUAUUAAGACUUUUUCCCCUUUAGCUCUUCUUUGACAUCAUAGUGGUGCUGGACAACAGGCUCUACCGUGAAGUCUCUACAGAAAGCUUCUUGUUACUUUGUCCCCUAAUCCGGAGAGAAAACUCUUAUCCUACAUGACCCUGUUGCUUAUGAGAAUUUUACAAAAGGGCCUGCCCACUAAAACUGAGCUUUCAACCAAACUGAGAAAAACCUCACAACCUUGAAAAGGAGUGACACUCCUCCUUGUUCCUCUUCUUUCACCACCUCUUCUUCUCGCGAGCCCCUCUCUCCUCUUCUUCCCUCUUUUGUGGUGUUCUAGUGAAGUAAACCAAAAUUUCUUCCCCUCCAAGAUGCAGUGCAAGCACAUGUAAUAUAGUUCUAUGUAUGUUUACAAUGUUGGGUGUAAAUGACAUAGAGUUCACACACAUACACACACAUGCACAUGCACACACACACACAUGCAAACACAUAAAUGCAAACACAAGCGCACAUCUUACCAUCAGCAGACACACACAGAAGUAUAUAAUAUCAAAGUCCUGUUUUUAGUUGGAAGGGUUUGGGAACGAUGUUUGGGGGAAAAAAUGGCUGAAUAAUAGAAGCCUUCUGUAUUUUUAAAAAAAGAUCAUUUGAAGAUCCAUUGAAGUUUUAUUUCACUGUACAGGAAUAAAAAUUUAAGUAAUAAUUAAUACUCAAGACUAGAUGGUCAAGAUUUAGGUGGUGUAAUUUUUCUGCAGAGUACCCUGAAAAAAAAAUCAAGGAAAGAUCUUUUUUUUUUUCUUUUUAGUUUUAUUGAAUUGUGCAGAACGAUGAAACUGCCCUUUAGUUACUACACUGUCCAACUGAGCCUCUUCUUUUAACCUCAGUUUCUGCUUCCUCUCAUUUGGGGUGACAUCAUGCUCACAUCAUAGUCUAGAAACAUUUGGUUUGACCCCUACAUGUCUCAAAAAGAAGCUUUUCCCAUUGUUCCAUCAUAUGCUAUGCUGCAAAAAGGUCCCGAAAUGGCAGGGAAGUCUCUGCAAGGAAGGGAUUGCCGAGGCUGAACUGGCAACCUCCAGAACCCGCAGCAUCUCCCGCCCCCUUCCCCUUAUGGCGGCAGCAGCAGCAGCAGCAACCAAGGUGGUGGUGUGCUUUGUGUUUGUAAAACUAUGUAUUCUGUGACGUCUGUAUUGUUGUAAGAAAUGCUGAAAAAAAGAAAAAAUAAAACUUCUCAAAUACC